AUGGUAGAUGAACAAGAUCGACUGUUGCCAAUUGCCAAUGUGGGAAGGAUUAUGAAGCAAAUCCUACCACCAACUGCCAAGAUUUCCAAAGAAGCAAAAGAAACAAUGCAAGAAUGUGCCACGGAAUUUAUAAGUUUUGUAACUGGUGAGGCUUCAGACAAGUGUCACAAGGAGAAUCGCAAGACAUUGAAUGGAGAUGACAUCUGUUGGGCUCUUAGCUCUCUAGGGUUUGAUAACUAUUCUCAGGCUAUAGUCAGAUAUUUACAUAAAUAUAGAGAGGCUGAAAGAGAGAGAUCAGCUAACCAAAACAAAGCUACUGCUUCCACUCAAGAAAAAGAUGAACAAGAGCUGCAAACUGAGACUCCUACACCAAUGGAGUUUAGGGUUCUUGAGAAAGGUAACAGCAGUAGCUCUUUCAGAUAUUGAUGAUGAGCUCAAUACUGAAAUUGGAUUCUCUUUUAAGAUGGAGAGAUGAAGAAGGAGAAGAAACAGCAGCAAAGUUUAUGGAAUUCAGAGGUUUAAACGACUGAGCUCUAGUAUAAUAAAGUCUUCAAUGUCUUGAGGAGAUGUAAUCAUGACUUGUGUUGUGGGGAGAUUGUAGUGAGGUAACUUAAUCAUUUUCUUCUUGGAACUGGCUUUUUUCUUGCUUUCUUUCCCUUUUCCUGUUUAAUUUUAGUUAAGAAUAUAUAUAUAUAUGUAUACUUAGUUUGUAAUUGCAUCUGCCAGUCGUUAUGAUUCGUUUUAGCUCAUAGUAGUUUUGUUGAAGAAGAAGAAGAAGGAGAUAUAUUGAUGCCCUAAUCAUUCAUUUGUGUUCAGAGAUUUGAAAAGGGAAAGUUACCCAAAUGUAUCAGAGUUUAGCUAACCCUAAUUUUGGAGUUUAUCUGUGAAUAUAUUAAUUUAACAAACUAAUACUUCUCAUAUAGAAACUAUCAAAAAGUUGAGCAAAAGAAUGUCUUGUUGUUUUUUCUCCUAGCAGCUCUCUCUCUCUCUCUCUCUCUCAAUGAGGUCUGUGUGUGUGGGCGAAGGGGGACACCAUUGCUGUGUCUGUUCAAAACUUGAGAUUUUCCAUUCACUGGUCAUCACCUGAUUAUGACUGUUCACACAAUUACUGGCAAAUCCUUAUGUUUGGAUUUUCUAAUUAAGUAUAAGAAAAUUAAUCUGCAGUCCACAGUAGUUCAGAUCUGCUCUUUGCAAUUUGUGUGUGUGUGUGGAAGAAAGAGGGAAAAUGAAGAUUUCAGAGUUUCAAAUAUAUUUCCCACUAACAUCAUAUGAUGUGAAUGAAUGAUUAAUAUAUAAUUAGUUUAUCUAGGUCAUUUUGUUCCAAAUGAGGAUGAAUUUAUACUGCAAUACUUUGUUGAUUCUUUUCCU